AUGUGGAGCAUUUUAAAACUGAACGCUCUCCUUCCGGCAAUUAUUCCCUGGAUUGUCUUCUUUACUGUGCACAAGCAAAAACAAGAUGAGCCUUUCUUCAGAGAAUACUUUGAUCGAGAAUAUGACUACAUCGUCGUUGGCGCCGGCUCCUCUGGUCCAGUGGUGGCCAACAGGUUAUCGGAAGACCCCAAAGUGAAAGUACUUCUUCUGGAAGCAGGCGGCUAUGAGGUGUACCAGUCGGAAAUACCCAUGUUGGCAGCACGACUGCAGUUGUCAGAGUACGACUGGCAGUACAAAACGGAGCCUCAGAAGUACGCUUGUCAGGGCAUGAAUGAGCACCGCUCCAACUGGCCUCGAGGCAAGAUUCUCGGCGGCUGCUCGACGAUGAACUACAUGCUCUACGUGCGCGGCAACAAAAAGGACUACGACAUUUGGGAGAGCUACGGCAACUACGGCUGGGACUGGAAGGGAGUCUUUCCGUACUUUGUCAAGUCGGAGGACAAUCGAGAUCCGGCUAUUCUCAAGAAUGGCUAUCACGGCUUCAACGGACCGUUAACGGUGUCGACGACGCACUACACCACGCCAAUCGGCGGUGCAUUUCUCGAGGCGGCCAAGCUACACGGAUAUCCGAAUAUUGACAUUAACGGAGCACGGCAGACAGGUUUCGCCGUCCCACAAGGAACUGUCCGGCGGGGGGCGCGCUGCUCCACUGCCAAAGCCUACCUCAGAGACUACCGCCACCGGAAGAACCUGCACACAGUCAUUUAUGCACAUGUGACCAAGGUGAUCAUUGACGACAAUAAGCGAGCAGUCGGUGUCAAGUUCAAUCGAAGGGGUCUCGAUCACGUGGUGUACGCCCGUCGUGAAAUAAUCCUCUCUGCGGGCAGCAUCAAUUCACCUCAGCUGCUGAUGCUCUCCGGCAUUGGUCCUCGUUACCACCUGGAAUCGCUUGGCAUUCCCGUCGUCGCUGACCUGCCUGGCGUUGGCCAAAAUCUCCAAGACCACAUUGGCGUUGGUGGUCUUCAGUUUCACAUCGAUGCACCGGUGUCUGUGGUGCAGCCACGCGUUUACGUGGCCAAGUCCUUCACCCAGUGGGUCACACUGGGCAUCGGUCCGCUUACGAUGCUAGGCGGCCUGGAUGGCAUUGGCUUUAUCAACACCAAGUACGCCAAUGCCAGUGAUGAUUUUCCUGAUGUGGAGAUUCACUUCAUUCCCAGCUGUCCGUCUUCGGACGGCGGCGAAUCAGUUCGCAAGGCGAUGAACCUCAAGUCAGCGCUUUUUCAGAAGGUCUACUCGCCCUUCCUCUACGAAGACACAUACGCCUACUAUCCAGUGUUGCUAAGACCUAGAUCCGUUGGAUGGAUGAAAUUAAGGUCAGCAAACCCCUAUGAUCAGCCUAUAAUUCAGCCAAAUUAUCUCUCCGACCCAUAUGACGCCAAAGUGCUCGUCGACUCACUCAAAAUUAGCAUUAAAAUGGGCCUUUCAAAGCCCUUUCAAAAAUUUAAAACCCGAAUCUGGUCCCGUACGUGGUACGGCUGUGAGAAGUACCGUCCGUACAGUGAUGAGUACCUCGAGUGCCUGACUCGCUCCUACACUGCCACCAUCUACCACCCGGUGGGCACUGCCAAGAUGGGCCCGCCCACUGAUCCUCUGGCAGUGGUCGACCCUGAGCUGAGGGUGUACGGCGUCAAGGGACUGCGUGUCAUUGACGCCUCCAUCAUGCCCAAGAUCGUCUCCGGCAAUACAAACGCACCCAUCAUAAUGAUCGGUGAGAAAGGCGCCGACCUGAUCAAGGGUCGUCUCUACCCACCCAACAUUGCUCCCGGGUACGCCCCGGUGCCUGACUAUCUGACGAAUCCGGCAAAGGAGAAGCACGCUGCCAAGGGACCGCUCAGUCACUUAGGAAACAUUUUCGGAAAAUUCAACUUUUUAAAAUUUUAA